AUGGCCGUCGCCCGGGCGGUCCUCAUACUGCUAGCAUCCACCGCCCAAGCGUGGAUGCCUGACGCAAACGCUCGAAUCCAUAUCAAAUAUGGUGAUGAAACUACGGAGCAGUUUGUGGGCAAUACGACAGGACCAAACCACUUCCGUAUUUUAGACAAAGACGACUUCUCUAUUUUAGUAGGGGGCAGGAGUAUGGUCUAUAAUCUCAGCCUCUACGAUUUAUCAGAAAAUGUAGAACAGCGGAUAGAAUGGCAAUCUACUGUCGCACAUCGAGAGCUGUGUUUGAUAAAGGGAAAAUCCGCGGACGACUGCCAGAACUAUCUGCGAGUGGCGACUAGGGCUCAUGGGCGGUUGCUAGUCUGUGGGACCAACGCCUUCAAACCCAUGUGCCGGAGAUACGCCAGGCAUCCUCCCAACCACUCGCUAGAAGAGUUCGAUGGAACCGGCAGAUGUCCAUACAACCCGCAACACAAUUCAACAGCAAUAUUCACAGAUGGUCAUCUAUAUACUGCGACGGCUGCAGAUUUUUCGGGCUCCGAACCCUUAAUAUACCGAGAACCAGUAAGGACCGAACACUCAGAUUUACGAUUAUUAAACGAUCCCUCAUUUGUCGGAGCAGUGGCUUCAACGAGCCACGUUUACUUCUUUUAUCGUGAAACUGCUGUCGAGUACAUGAACUGCGGAAAGUCGGUAUAUUCGAGGGUCGCAAGAGUAUGUCUGAAUGAUAAAGGUGGUCCACACCCUUUUAACGAUAGAUGGACAUCAUUUCUCAAAGCCCGACUAAACUGCUCAAUACCUGGGGAAUAUCCGUUCUACUUCGAUGAAAUACAAGCUACUACUGAAAUUAUUAAUGGUGUUUAUGGCAACGGCGGUAACAGGAAUGAUAUAGUUUAUGCAGUGUUUACAACACCACAAAACGCAAUCGGUGGUUCGGCGGUGUGUGCAUUUGCGAUGAGGGAUAUUUUAGACGCUUUCGAAGGACCAUUUAAAGGACAAAAAAAUAUGAACUCCAACUGGCUACAAUUGCCGAAAGAAAAAGUUCCACAGCCGCCGCAACCAGGAUCGUGCGUGGAAGAUAGUAGAACACUUUCGGAUUCAGCCAUCAACUUUAUUAAAACACAUCCACUGAUGGAUAAAGCUGUUCCGUCAUUUUUAGCACGACCGAUUCUUAUAAGAGUCAGUUUACAGUAUAGGUUUUCAGCGAUCGCUAUACACCCUCAAGUGCAGUCAAUGAAUGGCAACAAAUACGACGUUAUGUACGUAGGUACAGAUGACGGCAGGGUCAUUAAGGCUGUGAAUGUGGCUUCAAACGAGGGUGUAUUCGAUGCUAGUAUGGAUGAAUAUGGUAAAAAUCCAGUAAGAACAGCAGUAAUAUCAGAGGUCCAAGUACUGCCACCCGGCGUACCUAUCAAACAAAUGCAUGUAGCUCUCACUACCGAGAAGUUAAUCGUAUCAUCCGGUGAUAUGAUAAAAGCCAUAACGUUAUCUCACUGUGCUAACGUGCAAUCGUGCAGAGAAUGCGUGGGACUACAAGAUCCUCAUUGUGCUUGGGAUUCCAAACAGCAGCAAUGCUCUUGGGUUGGAAACAGACAAUUUCCAAACCCGGAACGAUUUUUACAAAACAUAGAAACCGGCAAGACUGAUAUUUGCAAUAAAUUACCUAGUUUAUUACCGAGUGACCGUCAUGCGAAUCGAAAUCCUGUAACGAAGAAGCCUCAGUCCGACCCGAAUCCUCAUCAACCAAAUAACGAUAUACAAAAUGAAAUUCUUAUUGAAGUAGUCGAAACUAACGUUUUGUCCGAAGACAAAGACACCAGCAAUAACAAACACGAAACAGAUUUACUAACAGUUGAAGCAGCGGGCAACAUCUACAGUGCUCAGGCGUUGCUGACCGCGGUGGUCGCCUCCUGUCUCGUCACUCUAAUGGUCGGCUUCGUCAUCGGAUACCUCUUCUCAAGGAGAUUCAGACACCCUUUUUUCACUGACACCUCGCCCUUUAAUGAGCAGCAUAAUCAAUUGAAUCGACUGAGCCCAUUAGAAACGCCAUUAAAUGUGAACUCGGGUUACAUGCCGCCGAGGUCAAAAAACGUGAACAUUGUUGCUAACGUCUGCCCUCUAGCAAAGCAGGACAAUUUGCAUCUCGAGCUGGGUAAAGAACGGACUCUCGAUCUUCGCAACUCCACCGAGUCCCUCGACAAGGACCUCAAGUGUGGUACCCUACAAAAAGUCAAAAAGACUUACAUAUGA